CACUGCACCACCGCCAGUGGCACAGAAUUCAAAAUGUAAAUAAUAAAAUUAUUGUCACGCACAGUACAAGUGCCAUACAAAACAAGAAUAGAAUUUCUUUCGUCAUUGGAAUUUGGAAUAGAAUAAUAAAAUUGUAACAGUUCAACAGUCUCCCUUUUUUAUAAGUGAUGAUGCAAUGCCAGCAAAUCAGGUAACUGCAUGUUCAGUAAAGUAUGAAAAUAUAAACAAUACUGAUGCAAACUACAUUCAGCCGUGUAGUAAACUCCCAUGACAGUUUUAAAUUAACUUGAAUAUUAAGCAUUUUAUAAGAUCCAACUGAGAGGAUGGAUUGUAGAACAGACAGGUGUGGUUGCUGUUGCAAAAAAGUAAACCCUCCACCUGAUUUAGAUGAAGAUGGUUGUGAGAUACCCUCAAACAAAUGCACUAAAAAUACCAAUUCUGCUACAAGACCAGCCCCCAAAACACCCAAAGAGAUCACAAAACAAACAAGUGAAACUGAAAAUGAUAUGAAAAAGGAUAACUUUAAAGUAGACGUACGUGAUGAUGGCGAAGAAAACCGAACACCGAUAAAAAACGACUAUUCAAAAAAGGAUAAUUCUAAAGUAGAAGAAUGUGAUGAUGACGAAGAAAACAGAGCAUCGAUAAAAAACGACGUUUCAAAAAAGGAUAACUCUAAAGUAGAAGAAUGUGAUGAUGACGAAGAAAAUCGAACACCGAUAAUAAACUGCUAUUCAAACAAGGGACCUAAAGAUCAUGUGUUAGUUAUUAAAACUCGCGAUCCUUUACAAUUAAGCUUAUCUGAAAAAGAAAAUGUAUGCAAAGAAGAAGUGCAGACGGAAAAAGAUUCUGAACUUAAAAGUGAAACUGACAUGAAAUCUAAACCCCUCGCGAUCGGAACCGAUGAUUGUGAAGACCAAAUAUCUGAAGAGCCACCUCAAAUAACAGAAACUGAAGAUGACUGCAAUACUAAUCUAAUGGCCCUGGAAAAUCCAUCAGAAAAUGCAACUGACGAAGAUUGUGAAACUGAAACACAAUCAAAAGGAAAAGAAGGAAAAGAAGGAAAAAAAUAUUGCUAUUCUAAAAAAGGUCCAAAAAGUCCUGUAAUGAUGAUACGAAACGAAGAUGGAACAUUUAUCUUGAGUGAAAAAGAUGAUUCUUGCAAAGAUGACGCAAAUGAUCCUGAAAAAUUUCAAAAAGAAAGAGAAAAACCUAUAUUUGGUGAGAAAGCUGCGGAAUCUAUAAGAGCUACCGUAGGAGCACUGUUUACGAAAACCAGAGAUAUUUGGAAUGGCAGCAGAUGUAAUGACGAAACCUCUAAAGUAUAGAAAAAAACAUCGAACUCCAAUAAAAAACUUGAUAUUGUUGAUGUUAAUGGCAAUUAACGUGAUAAAGCAAUCCAUCGUAUGAAACUCUCAUUUUUGAAAAAUUUGUGAGUACUUUAACUUUAAACUAAUAGAUUACAUGAUUGCUUUAAUUUAGUAUAAAUUUAAUGAAAUUAAACAAAUACUG